CAUGCCGAGGCUGGGACAGGCGGAGCAGCUGCCGGGGCUGGGACCGGCGGCGAGGAGGCGAAAUGGAGCUGGCUGUGCUCUUGGCAGCGCUCCUGGGACUCCUCAUUGUCAAGGCUCUUUUGUUUCAGCGGAGAAACCCGAGCUCCCCUCCUUGCAUCAGGAGCUGGAUCCCUUGGUUUGGAGCUGCGUUUCAGUUCGGGAAAGCUCCUCUGGAGUACAUAGAGCAAGCCAGAAAGAAGCUGCCUGGUGAGAGUUUUGCAGCAGUCUGGAAUGGGCACUUCCCUGUGGCCCCUAAGUCUUGGGCAUCUUGUCCUUGCAGGCAAGUCAUGUAUCCAGCGGUGGUGAACACCCUGUUUGGGAGGGGCAUCUGCCCAACCAGUCCGAGUGAAAUCAAGGAGUUUGAAGAGCAUUUUCAGAAGUAUGAUGAGGACUUUGAAUAUGCUUCUCAGAUGCCUGAGUGCUUCCUGAGGAACUGGUCUAAAUCCAAAAAAUGGCUUCUAAAAUUAUUUGAGAAAGUAGUGUUGGAUGCUGAAAGGACCAACCCUUCAGAGACUGCAUCCAAGACACUUCUACACCAUCUCCUGGAUAACUUGCAGGGAAAACAUCUCGCUCCCAAUUAUGGUCUCCUGAUGCUCUGGGCUGCCCAAGCAAAUGCUGUGCCCGUUGCAUUUUGGACCCUUGCUUUUAUACUCUCUAAUCCUGCCAUUUACAAGAAAGUAAUAGAAGACCUGGCUUCUGUUUUUGGCAAAGCAGGUAAAGAUAAACUGGAAGUCUCUGAGGAGGAUCUGAAGAAGAUCCCUUUCAUUAAAUGGUGCACUUUGGAAGCCAUACGGUUGAGGUCUCCAGGUGCAAUCACCAAGAAAGUCAUAAACCCAAUUAGAAUUAAGAAUUUCAUCAUCCCUACAGGUGACAUGCUGAUGUUGUCACCAUAUUGGUUGCACCGGAAUCCAAAAUAUUUUCCUGACCCAGAAAUGUUCAAACCUGAUCGUUGGAAAGAGGCAAAUUUAGAGAAGAAUGCUUUCUUGGACAGCUUUGUGGCAUUCGGAGGAGGGAAGCAUCAGUGUCCAGGAAGGUGGUUUGCAAUCAUGGAGAUCCAGCUGUUCGUUGUGCUGUUCCUGCACAAGUAUGAAUUUGUGCUGUUGGAUGCAGUGCCAAAGGAGAGCCCUUUACAUUUGGUGGGGACGCAGCAACCCAUGGCACCAUUACGUGUGCGGUACAAAUGCCGGGAAUGAAAGUUGUGCAGCACUGACCUUUCUUUGCCAGCCCACGCUGGAUGGAUGAACCACUGAGCUGCUUCCCAAGCCCACAUCUUCAGACAGGUUCUCUGCCUGCAGAGUUCUUGAUUUCAGCUUUCAAUGCUGUACACUGUGCUGUGCCAAGCCAGUGCAGUUGUACCUGUGCUCCCCCCUGGCUGCCCACCUCCCAGUGCUUCAAUCCAAGCUCCCCUCUUGCAUUCAUAAUUUGUGGGUCAGUUAUUCACAGACUUUGCAAAUCUGAUAUACUAAACUCGCCAACCAAACAUUCAGGACAAAAAGCUGCAGUGUCUGGAAAUCCUGUGUGGAAGCUGUGCCAGAACCAGUGGAGAAGCAGGUCCCUUGGGCCAAGUCACUGCUUCCUGCAGGGUGCUUUAAACCAAGGCCAAAAUGGUGCCUUAUGCUAAGAAAUCACAUUGGUAACAACAAACAGCUCCCUGAUGCUGGUGUGCACAAAAUCCAGGACAGUCUGAGCAGAGACCUCUGGAUCAGCUCUACAUCCUGAUAAACCGUGGUGACUUGUGUGUCACUGCCUGUGUGGGCAAGUGAAAGUCUGGCCUGCUCUGCCUACAACCAGUGCCAACUUCUUGCAAAUAAAAUGACUUUGUAAUGGAAAAAUUGCAAGUGUUUGGGAUCUUGUUCCACUGGAGCACCUAAAAUUUCUACUGAGCUUUAUUUUGCUUCACAGGAUUCAGAAUUGGUCCUUGCAUGAAUUUGCAAUAGAAGUUUGACCAUGAUGUUUGGCUUCCAAUAAAUAGUGACUGCAAGGAAA